UUCUUGUUGUUAUCUUUCUCCCCCGCCCGACCCGACCCGGCCCGACAACAACAGAGCUCAAGGCAUCGGCAGCGAACGCUUCGCGGAACGUGUCGCCCGGUCAGCCACCGAAACCCCAGCCGGAGAAGGGUCCGGUGAUGCUGCUGCACGAACUGUUCACCGAUGCGACGUUCGAGUGCGUCUCGACGGACGGGCUGCAGCACUCGAAGUUCACCGUCGUCGUCAGCGUCGACGGGCAGCGGUUCGAGGGCACUGGGCCCUCGAAGAAGAUGGCGAAGAAUGCGGCGGCCAAGGCCGCCCUGGCGUCGAUGUGCAACAUCUCGUUCAGCCCGCUGCAGCAGGCUAAGUUUGGGGCGUUGAUGAAUGCGUCCGGUGGAGCAGGAGCAGGAGGAGGAGGAGUCGGCGGUUUAGGAGGAGCGGCCGGUGGAGGUCCCGCAGGGACCGGGCUGAACGGCGAUGCCGCCGGGUGCUAUGAUCAGAAGAAUGUCGAAUUACCCCAGACGUUUGCCGAUUCGAUUGGGAAGUUGGUCAUCGAGAAGUUCAACGAGGUUAUGAAGGGUAAUGACGUUUAUUCACGACGAAAAGUGCUGGCGGGUAUCGUGAUGACCCAUGGAUAUGAUGUUAAGACGGCUAAGGUCAUCUCACUGGCCACCGGCACCAAGUGCGUCAGUGGUGAACACAUGAGUGUCACCGGUUCGGUUAUCAACGAUUCGCACGCGGAAAUUAUCGCCCGCCGCGGUUUGCUGGACUUUUUCUACAGCCAGCUGGAUCUGCUCAGUAAUACUAAUAAUAGUACGACUUCCAAUAAUAGUACAACGGUGGCUCAAUACAAUGGAAAGAAUGGCAAUAAUAAUAACACGAAUAACAAUAGUAAGAACAAAAGCAACAAUACUAAUAGCAGUAGCACCAGCAAUGGUGAACUUGGACCGGUGCCGGAGGAACCGCAGGAAAGUAUCUUCGUGAAGCCAUCGGAUGGUUCGAGAUUGUACAAGCUGCGGGAUGGAAUCAACUUCCAUCUGUACAUCAAUACGGCUCCCUGCGGUGAUGCUCGGGUGUUCAGUCCGCACGAGAACGACAACAUGGAUGUGGACAAACAUCCGAACCGGAAAGCCCGCGGCCAGCUGCGCACCAAGGUGGAAUCGGGCGAAGGGACGAUACCGGUCAAGAGCAGCGAGGGCAUUCAGACGUGGGAUGGUGUCCUGCAGGGGCAGCGUCUGCUGACGAUGUCCUGCUCGGACAAAAUAUCACGCUGGAACGUACUCGGCUUGCAGGGAUCGCUGCUCGCGUCCGUGAUCGAGCCGAUCUAUCUGCACUCGAUUGUGCUGGGCAGCUUGCUGCAUCCGGCGCACAUGUACCGCGCCAUCUGCGGUCGGGUGGAAAACUCAAUCCAAGGCCUACCGCCACCGUACCGGCUGAACAAGCCCCGGCUGGCCCUGAUGACGUCGGCGGAGUCGCGCAACCAAACCAAACCGCCCAACUUUAGCAUCAACUGGGUGAUCGGCUGCCAGGAGGUGGAGAUCGUCAACUCCUUCACCGGCAAACUGAUCAACAACAACACUAACACGAACAAAAUGUCCCGCCUGUCGAAGCAAUCUUUCUACCGGCGGUACGCGGCUGCCAUCGGCAAGCUGCCGUUGGCACCGUUCCGCGAAGUUAAGCCGAGCUACUUCGAAACCAAGAUGUCCGUUCCGGAGUACCAGCAGGCGAAGAAGGAACUGUUUGCCGCCUUUGCCAAAGAGGAUCUGGGCGAUUGGUUGAAGAAACCGAUCGAACAGGACCAGUUCACGUUGAUUGCCCCCCGGCCGGAAGAGCUGUUGGCCGCAGCGGCGGCGGCGAUUGCACCGGCAGCGGCAGCAGCAGCUGCCGCUGCUCCCACGGCCAACGCAAUGACAAACAACAACAAUGGUAGUACCGGAGGAGGUAAAUGACAUCAGGGUAAACACGGCUCCGCUGGCUCUGGUGGUAAGCAUGCGGGGGGUAGCAUCAACAGCAGCAACAGCCAAUCCAGUCAGGCCAAUGCUAGAUUGUUCUGAGAAAGGCAACGGACGGGCAUUUAGAGUAUCUAAGAGGACCCGUUCCGCGGUGACGAAAAAACGCGUGUAGGAUUAAGAAGCGGCAGUUGAUUCUGUUGUAGUGUUGUAAGGUUUUUUAGACUGUUACUUAUUGCUUACGCUCGCUAGCUAGCGUACAAGGGGAGUAGGUUGUUCCAUCCAGGAGAGGAUUUCGUUUCGUUUUUCUAUUUGUUUUAUGCAUUUGCAAACGUUUUUUUGGUGCGCACACCAAAGUGUGCGCUUUUAAUUUCCACACGCAUCGUUUGAUGAGAGAGAAGAAAAAGUUUGUUUUAAUUUGUUUCAAUUUUUUCUUUGUUAGUUCAGUAUUUGUGCUUUGCAUAACAUUUAGACAUUAUAGAACCGGUUUAUAACAUAAGAGAUAAUAGCUUUAGUGAGUAAGUUUUAGCCAUCUAAAGACAAGUGAAAGAUUUAUACUUUCGCGAAAUAAGAGGAUAUAACAAGAGAACAUUUACGCGUAGGCUUCCAUUCAAGAAAAGAGCACGUUUUUCGUUGAGUAGGUGGAUACAGAAUUGCGUGGUUCCCUCAGAUAUUCUAACUUUCUUACAAAAUCGAUAAAAAAUCGAAGUAACAAGAGGUGUUUUCCAAACAUUAACAAAAGACGAUAACCUGGGAAAUGGUUCAGGGUAUCCACUCAAUAACGUUUCUUUAAAAUUUCCAUUUCAAAAUCUUUCUGAGUUCAUUUGGCAAGAUGUCCAAUCCAAUCCAAACCUAUAAAGAGCUUCCUCAGAAAUUGUGAGUAGAGAACUACUCUGAACCCUAUCGUGUAGAUGUAGAUUUCUCAAAUGUCCCACAUUUCCCACUUUCCUUCUAAUAGGCUUGAAUGAUUUAAUUUUCAUUCUCACUCGCUCAAAACACUUUCUUUUAGCUUUAGUUGAACUGAAGAAAAACGUGGCAAAACGCUACGUCUGCUGCUGUGCAGCAAGUGGACGCACGAUUUGUUAAAAACACGUGCUUUUGACAGAUGCAACGAGCGGGUGCAAUCACACACAGUAAGCCAUGGAAAAACUUAUGGUCGCAGCCAUGUAAAAGAAAAACUUUUGACAGUCACCCACUAUGGAGAAAAGCGACGCAACGUGACUUAAUGGGAACCAAAAUUGGGAGACGGAAAAUCCAAUUCUGUCGAAAGAGGUGGUGCACGCUAUGUCCAAAGGCACUUAUUAUUAAACUUACAUGCACCUCAGAUUUCUCUUC